AUGGACGCACAAUUCGCGACCGCGGCUCCCGCCACCGACGCCAGCUCUUUCCUCGACCUGGCAAUCACACUCGUCUUGAACAGUUGGCCAGCCCUGACGUUGGCCGUUCAAUCGAAUUGGGGUGGCCCGACCUCCGCCGACAAGCGGGACUGGCUUUGCGGUGCGAUCUCAGAUAUGCUGAAGGAGCGACCUGAAACCGAUGCAGAGGACCUUGAGGACGUCCUGAUUCAAGUGAUGAACGACGAGUUCGAGGUCCUGGUGGAUGACGAGAGUGCCGGUGACGUUGCACUCGAGAUCAUGGAAUACAGAGCUCAAACGGCCCGUGGAGACUUCAGCGCUAUCCAAGGACUCUGGGAGAAAUGGCAGCGAAAGAGCUCGCAGAAGGCAGCGGCAACGAACAUGUUCAAGCAGGUUGAGACGAGAGAUGAGGACCAGGAAACUGAUGAUGAUGAGGACGAAUCCGAUGCUGAGGACGUGGAGAUGGGAGAUGCGCCCAAUCUGGUGCGCGCGCCACGUGAAAAGGCCGAGCCCGAGAUUGACGAGGAUGGCUUUACCAUGGUGAAGAAGAAGCGGUAA